AUUUAUGCGACUUUCAUUUUAUGUUUAAAUAAUAGUCAGAAUUUAACAAAAGUGUAGAUUUGUACAAUAAUACAGUUUUAUAAUAGAAAAAGGAAUAACAACAUUAAAGUGCUCAAAACAUGAGGGGAUUGUAUUUUUUCGCGGCCGUUAUGUGCUUUGCUCUCACGGUUCAUUCAUCAGUAGCACAAGCAGAUGCAACACAAUCAGGAUCCCAAAACUGUACAGAUUUAGAUCCAUCGGAAAUUAAUAAUUGUACAAAAAAUGCAAAUGCUUCGAAUACCCCUGUUCCCACUUCGAACAAUUCGACGACUCCACCUGCUACAAGUCCGAAUUCUACUACUCCUACUCCUACUACUCCUCCUACUACUACUACUACUACAACUACUAAUAUUGCAAGUACAACACCAACUACUACUUCUACUCCUACUACUACAACUCCGACAACAACUACUGAUGAUACUAGUAAUCCUACUACUACUACUACUACUACUACUCCUACUACUACUACUACACCUCCGAUAACAACUACUAAUGAUACUAGUAUUGCUACUACUAAUUCUACUUCUGAUCCUACUAAUGCUGGUCUAUCAACAAUUGCAAAAUCUAAUAUAUCCUCUGCUGGUAAUUAUAAUUCAUCUGCUAAUACUACGAAUACUGCUGGUGCGUCCUCCGCUAGUUCUCCUAAUGUUCAGACAUCUAGUGGUUCAGCAACAACAUCCUCCACACCAUUAGCACAAAUAACAUCAACAAACGUACAACCCACGCCAUCUACAACAACUCAAGGACCCAUGGCCACAACAUUGUUUUCAAUCACAACAACAAAAACAACAUCCACUAGCACUGCAGAUUCAAAUUCACCUACUAGUAAAACGGUUGCUUCAAAUAUAACAACAGUUACAGCUGCGAUUUCUACUACGAUGGAAACAACAAAACAAUCAACAUCUUUAGUAACGAGAUAUCCGACACAGAAGCCAGAUGUAGGAGGCUGUUCAAAAGGGUAUCGACUUCAAGAUAACACGACAUGCAUUCAUUUGUGCGAGGACAAAACAUGCCUGAACGAAGGGGAGUGUGAGGUUGUCAUUAAGGCUGAUGACAAAACGGAAGCACAUUGCAAGUGCAAGGAAUACAGUGACCACAUUUACACAGGCGCUGACUGUGCGGAAAAGCAGAUUAGUCCUAAGAGGCAGCGGUCGAUCAUUCUUGGAGUUCUUAUACCAAUAGCAUGCAUCUUGUUACUAAUGGUCAUUUAUACAUGCUGCAAAUUACAACGACAAAGAACAGCUGAGAGGUCAUUUCGAAAUAAAUACGAUUUGAAUAACCUGUAAGGCAACGUGAAGUGUUCAACUUUGUGAAGAGCAGAUGUCAUGCUGCAUAAAGAAGUACGAACCCCUCUGUGACAUUGUGUUGGUACUACUAAGUGGUAAUUUAGUCAGCUCGUAACUUUAUUUACAUGUUUAAUAUCAUGAAUAUACAUAUGAAUACAAUGUACUUAUUUUUAUCAAAAUGGUGAUGUUAAACAUUUAUAUAUCUAUUCCAUACACGCUUAGUGCAAUUGUGUGUGACAAAACGCAUAGGCAUUUGUAUAGUAAAUAGAUGUACAUAAUUAUAAUGUAUAUAUAAUGUAUGAAGGUAAAUACAUGUAUUUUAUGAGUGAAUAUAAUGAAUUCAAAUGUACAUUGUGGUAAACUAAUAGGCACUUGUCUCUCUUAAGUAUAAAAUAACACUCGUCUCUCUUGAUUUUACAAUAAAUACUCGUCCCUCUUUUUAAUUCAAUAAACACUCGUCUCACUUAAUUAUACAGUUAACACUCGUCUCCCUUAAUUAUACAGUUUACACUCGUCUCCCUAAAUUAUACAGUUUACACUCGUCUCCCUAAAUUAUACAGUUUACACUCGUCUCCCUAAUUAUAUAGUUAACACUCGUCUCCCUUAAUUAUACAGUUUACACUCGUCUCCCUUAAUUAUACAGUUUACACUCGUCUCCCUAAAUUAUACAGUUUACACUCGUCUCCCUAAUUAUAUAGUUAACACUCGUCUCCCUUUAUUAUACAGUUUACACUCGUCUUCCUUAAUUAUAUAGUUAACACUCGUCUCCCUAAAGUAUACAGUUAACACUCGUCUCCCUUAAUUAUAUAGUUACUGGUAACACUCGUCUCCCUUAAUUAUACAGUUCACACUCGUCUCCCUUAAUUAUACAGUUCACACUCGUCUCCCUUAAUUAUACAGUUCACACUCGUCUCACUUAAUUAUACAGUUCACACUCGUCUCACUUAAUUAUACAGUUCACACUCGUCUCCCUUAAUUAUAUAGUUAGCACUCGUCUCCCUUAAUUAUACAGUUAACACUCAUCUCCCUUAAUUAUACAGUAAACACUCGUCUCUCUUUAUUUUACAGUUAACACUCGUCACUCUUUAUUUAACAAUUUAUACUCGUCUCAUUUUAUUUUAUAAUAAACACUCAUCUCUAUUAAACAACAAUUAGAGCGAUUCUCUUUGUUUUACAAUAAACACUCGUCUCUCUUCAUUUUACAAUAGACACUCGUCUCUCUUACUUGUACAAUAAACACUUGUUUCUGUUAAUUAAACAAUAAAAACAUGUCUCCCUUAUUUUUAUUAUACAAUAAAACACUCGUUUCUCGUUCUUAUUACAAUACACACUCGUGUCUCUUUAUUCUACAAUAAACACUCGCCUAUCUGUAGUAUACAAUAAACAAUUAAACACUGGUCUCUCUUUUACGACAAGCACUCUCUUUACAAUAAACUUGAACUAAUGUGCACUCUUCAAGCUUUAAAACGUAAUAUAUGAACUCGCAUAUUUGCCUCGUAAAGUCUAAAUGACCAACGCAGGGGAUGUUUUGUCCACCUAAAUCCCUGUUAAACCCCAAGCGAGUUACAGUUUCGCUGAUCAUUCGAAGCCGGUAAGCCCAACAUAUAUCUAUUAAUAUAUUUUUUUGUGUGAGUAGUUUGAACGUGAUGUUUGCUUUUGCGACAAUGUGUCUCUUAACAGGGCAUUAUUUAAUGUUUAGCUACUGGGCUUGUACCUGUAGUUUCCAUUGUAUUAUUGUCUAAGAUGUAUUACUGGUUGUUUAAUUGAUUGGUCACUUGUGAUCGGUCAAUAUUUGACAUAUGUUGAAUGUUUGGGUUGUAUAUUCUUGUAUGUUUGGGUUGUAUAUUCUUGUAUGUUUGGGUUGUAUAUUCUUGUAUGUUUGGGUUGUAUAUUCUUGUAUGUUUGGGUUGUAUUUUCUUGUAUGUUUGGAUUGUAUAUUCUUGUAUGUUUGGGUUGUAUAUUCUUGUAUGUUUGGGUUGUAUAUUCUUGUAUGUUUGGGUUGUAUUUUCUUGUAUGUUUGGGUUGUAUAUUCUUGUAUGUUUGGGUUGUAUAUUUGCUAACAAUUGGCUUCAAAAUGUUCCUUCGUAUAUUUAUUUAUUAUUUGUCUUUGAUUGCUUGGCUUGUUUAAAUAUUGCAAUAGAUAAUUUUUUCAUAAAUAAACUUGGUAAUCAUUGUAUUUCUAAUUUCUUGACGAUAAAUUAAACAAGCAUUUAAUGAAUAGUUAACAAUGCUUUAAAUAAAUACAUUUUGUAUUUAAGUAAUGAAGAGAAAAACUAUAGUUUAUGAUA